UAGAAAAAUGGGAGGAGAAGUAUGCAAUCUUGUUGUAGAUUGGAGCAUAGCUUUAACCUCUCUUCUUUACUCUCAUGGUGUUGGUAUGUUCAUAGCACAAGGUACAACCAGAUUCUUGCUUCUACUUCCAGUCAUCUGUCUCUUCUUGUUUCUGCCAUUAAACCUCACCACCAUCUUCUUUGCUGGUCCAACCUCCUUCUUCCUUUCAUGGCUUGGAACCUUCAAACUCACCCUUUUUGCCUUUGGUCAUGGCCCUUUAUCUCCACACCCAUCUCUCCCUUUAUCUCAUUUCAUUGCCACUGCUUGUCUUCCCAUUAAAAUCAUACCAAAAGACCAAGAAAACUCUAAAAAACUCACCAAGAAAUCACACAUAGAUUAUGCCCCUGAAAUCCUGCUGCUUUUUGUCGUGAUUAAAGGGUAUGGUUACAAAGACGAGCUUCGAAUCCACCCCUUGUUAACCAUGUCGUGUGUUGCGUAUUACUUCCUCUUCAUGCUCGUGUUGUUUUUCGCUGUGGCUGCAUUUCUGGUUCGAACCCUUCUUGGGGUCAAGCUUGAACCACAGUUCGACGAGCCACAGUUUGCGACUUCGGUUCAGAACUUUUGGGGGAAACGGUGGAACCUGAUGGUGUCGGAUACGCUGCGAGGUUCGAUCUAUCUUCCGGCUCGAGCCGUGUUUAGCCAUUUGGUUCCUGAAAGAUGGGUAUCUGUUCCAGCCACUUUUGUAACCUUUCUGGUUUCUGGAAUCAUGCAUGAAAUGGUGUUCUAUUAUCUUGGCCAAGAUGAAUAUAAACCCACAUGGGAAGUCACUUGGUUCUUUGUGAUUCAUGGGGUUUUGGUUGGAAUCGAGAUUGUGAUGAAGAAAACCAUGGAUUUGCAGAAGUUUGAGCCAAGGCCGAUUGUGGGCAUUGGGUUAACUUGGAUUUUGUUCGUGGGUACGAGCUUCUGGUUAUUCUUUCCACCAUUUUUGCGACUAGAUCCAUGUGGUAGGAUCUGUAAAGAAUCCAUGGCGUUUUUAAGGUUUGUUAAAGAUGGUCAUUUACUAAACCCUAAUGAGUUUGCAUGUCCAUUCACGUAAACACAAAGAGAAUGAAGACGGAUGUUCAGAGGGUGGAUCGGUGAAAAUGAGUCAACAAUGGAGUUUAGAGGAUCAAUCUCAACUGUAUUGAUUCAAUAAGAUAUAGAAUGUUUAUGUAAUGUUAUCAUCAUAUAUAUUAUCUACAAUAACCUUCUGUUUGUUUAGGGAUUGUUUUUGAGAGAUU